AUGGAUGAUAGUCUAUGUUCAAACUUUGAUCUUUUGAGGUUGCAUUUACCCGAUGAAUUAGGCGGUAUACCAAAAUCUGAAUUUAAUAAAAUUACAAAUUUCGAUAAGUACUGCCCUAAUAAUAACUGCGAUACUGACCUCGAAAAAAUUACGAUUGGAUUUUUAUGGUUACUUGGAAAAUAUUUUACUAAAUACCCAAAGAUAGGUGAUAAUGAAUAUAUUACUCAACCAUUUUUUAUAUAUAUUAUUUUAUGGUUAAGUUACAAAUUAAAUCAAAACUUAGAUCACAAAACCAGCAAUAUAAACGAAUUUUAUACUCAACAUGUAAUUGGUAAUACUAAAUAUAGUAAUUUUACAGGUGAUUCCAAUAAAUUUACAUUUCUUGAGGAAUUCAUAAAUAAACAAAAAGAUUUGUUGGAUAUUGAUUUUAAAGAUCUUUCUAAAUUUUAUGAUGCAUCCAAAUUAAUAUGUAGUAUGUAUGCUAAUAAAGCAACGAAUACAGAUAACAAAAAACUGUUAAAUGAUGCUACUAGUUUUGUUAUAAAAUAUAAAAAGCUCAAAGAUGGCAGUAAUACUGAGGGUACCUCAAAUAAUCAAAUAUUGUCUGCUUUAUCAAAUGAUUAUGAUUAUUUAAAAAAUAAAUGUAAAAAUGUUCAACCGCUUCCAGAGAUAACAGCAGACAUUUCUGCAUUAGCAUCUACACUUGAAGAUGCAUCAUCAAGUUCGCCGAUGGGAAACAAAAUAUUUACAGUUUUAUCGAUAUUUGGUGCAAUAGCAUUUUUUUUAGGAAUUUCUUAUAAGUAUUCGUUGUUUGGAUUUCGGAAACGAGCUCAAAAACAAUAUAUAAGAGAAAAAAUAAAAAAUAUAAAGAAGAAAAUGAAUCGUUAA